AUUGAUUGCUCUCAGCCGUUUGACUUUUGAUUCCUAGGCGCAACGAAUCAUAGCCAUAAAAGGCAGAAGCACCUAAAAAAUCCAUCUUCACGACAUUGGUAGCCGAUUUUAAAGAGAGGGAUCUGGAUCCAAUCGCGACCAUUAGCUACGCACUUGGCUAAAGAUAUUUGAUCAUAAGAAAAUAACUCAAAAUCGUGAUACACGGGCCACGACCAGAAUCAUCCAAAAUGUCGUCCCUCUUCUAUGCGAGCCUUUCGAUGCACAAGUCGUACUCGCUCAAAAGAAACGACAAGCCGCGUGUGGGACGCGGAGGCCGUUCACUAGCUAAAAAUGGGUGCGUCGAUAUGGACAUGGAGGUCCUUUCCAUCAAAAACCCCAAGCAGACGGGCAUGAAGAAAAUGAUGGCUAUGAAGAAGAGUAUGUCUAUGAAGACGAGCAGCUUCAAGAUGCACAGCAUGAAAAUGAAAAUGAAGAAGAUGCAGAACAUGAAAAAGAUGGCUAUGAAGAAGUCGCCCAUGAAGAAGUCGGGGGGAAAGUUUCAGCCCCCAUCUCCACCGCCACCGCCGAAAAAACACUACUCGCGCAAGGUAUUGCCUCUUUUUCUCGAAUGCUCCAAGAUCAAUGGGGACGUCGGUCCUUGCUUGCUCUUUUUUUGUAGAAUGAGUCCGCUGCUCUAUCGUUACAAACUACCUUCACGCUUUCAACAUGCCUCCACGUUUCGCCAUCUACUCCUCCCACUUCACAUGAUCGCCCGGGAUAGAAUUUAUCUUCACACGCUUUACCACACUGCCAGGCUCCCUCCAGCUCCAGCACGAAAACAGCGACCAAGAAGAGCGAGGCUUUGACAAAGGCAAAAACUCAGACCAAGCCGAAAACCGCCACCAAGGUUAAGAAAGAGAGCUCCGCGACGGAAGUGCGCCGCAAGCCCGUACUCUUUCAUAUUUUUUGACGUUAUGCUUAUGCUGGACCACAUGCAAGUAGCUCCUCCUCUCGUAUCAAUUCCGGAGUCUGUUUAUAAUGUUGGUGACCUCUUUCUCUGGUAUAUGACAAUCGUUGAAUCAAGAACUUCUGACAUUGGGCUUAUGGCCUUCAGCUCAGACCUGACGCCUUCAUCUUGAUUCACGAUCACACUAUAGGUCCCUUCCAGCACGAAAACAGCGACCAAGAAGAGCGAGGUUUUGACAAAGGCAAAAACUCAGACCAAGCCGAAAACCGACACCAAGGCUAAGAAAGAGAGCGCCGCGACGGAGGUGCGCCGCAAGACAGUACUUUUUCAUAUCUUUAGACGUUAUGCUUAUGCUGGACCACAAGGAAGUAGCUCCUAGUACUCUCAUGCCAGUUCCGGAGUCUAUUUAUAAUGUUGGGGACCUCUUUCUCUGGUAUACGAUAAGCUCGAACUUCUUCUGACCUUGGGCUUCUGAGCUUCAGACUCGAUUCAUCUUUCUUGGUUCACCACACUGCCAGGCUCCUGCCAGUACGACAACAGCGACCAAGACUAAGGCUUUGACGAAGGCAAAUAAAACUCAGACCAAGCCGAAAACCAAGGCUGUGAAGAAGAGCACCGAGACGAAGAAGCGCCGCAAAUCAGUACUUUUCCUUCUUUUCAGAAGUUAUAUCUAUAGCUGACCAAGCAGAAGUAGCUCGUUCCAUGUUGGACCACGCGACCCUAUGCCCGCGAGCCAGGCUGAUGGUGCGCUAGUCUCUGAAGUAAACGCUUCAAAACCUGACUAGCGCAUCGCCGCCGGCGAUGUAACCGCGGAGCCGGCUUCUACGAGCCCGCUUGUGGCUGCUGGCGCCGGCUUAGCAGUAAUUUGAUUUGCGUCGCGUCGCGCCAAGUCCACCGUUAGGAGGGACCCACGGUUCUGAAGAUUCUACGUAAAUUCAUCUAAUCUCUCUGACUUCACAAACAAGGACAGCGACAAGGUCGCUUUGAAAUUAUCCACUUUGAAAACCCCUUAACACGCUACAAGAAUGAAUCUCGUCGCCCAAUAUACAAAUAAGGUGUGAAGCAAGCGAAGCACUUUUCGACGAGUGGAGAUUUGGGGAAGAGCUUCCCGCGCUGUUUGCGAUGGGUGGGCGAAGUUCUUGCUGGAGACGGAGCUUUACAUGUUGGGCGGAGAUUUGAGCUCGUGUUGUUUCGAGUUCGAAGUGGUAGGAUAAUUGAAAGUGGUACUUCAGGACGACUCACGAACGUACGUAAGACUUUCUCUUUGAUAAAUUUAACUAUUGUUCGCUCCUCGUGUGAGGUUCGUUUGAGUUCGUCAAUUUUUAUUAUGAAUUGUGUUGAAGUGUAGCCCCACUGAUGCAGUGCUGGCCUGUAUUUCGAUUUAGGAUAAAGAAGCACUUUAUUUGUCAAAAUUAGCCGUAGUUAUCUCCGAUUCGUCACGCUUCUCUGAAGAUAUCGAUUUAGAUCCAAUCGCACUAGCAGUUCUUGGUCAUCAAGUGUUUCGCCAUCUCGUAAAAUAUUAGUAGCAGGACUUCGCUUCGUGAAUGAUAAAGCUGUCCUCUUACGCAGCAGCUAGAUUAUAACUUUUUGCAUAUCACUAAAGCAUUGCCAGUAAUUGACAUUAGCGAAGAAGUGUAACGUUCUCGAUAUGCGUUCCCCGAUGCAGUACUAGGCUCGACAGCACUUACCGCUAGGCUAUAGCUUUAGAGGAUGCUAAUGCUAGAAGCUCCUGCCUGCUCAGCCUCAGCUCCACACUUCGACGAGGAGCAGCAUCGUAAAAAUUUCACUCCGUGUGGGUUCCUCAUGAUACGCGGGUGACUCCGCAUCAUGUGGGCAUAGUUUUAGUUUUGACCUCUUCAUAUCGGAAUCCUUCAAGAUCCCUCACAAGUCGAGCUGCUUCAAAACUUGCACAAUCCCGGUCCUAUACUAGAUGCAUCACGAUAGCCAUAACUUCGCUUGAUUCUAGGACUUUUUGUCAUACGGAAUGAACCUCCCCGCAUUCGCUCUCAACUUCUUCCCCGAGGAAGCAUGUAUUAAGCAGAUAAAGCGUCCCCGCUAUUCAUGGUUGUCAUGAAAUAAAUAGACCCUUCUUGCACUCCGUCUUGUUUCUCAGGAGAUACCUUUUGACGUGCACGCGUCGACUUGUCAUGAUUUGACUAUAAGGCGUUAUAGGCUGUCUUUGAACGCAGCAGGUAGCCCCAGCUGGAAAGCAGGCUGCUUCUUGAU